AUGCAGCUUCACUUCACUUCUUUCAAUGUCUUCGUGCUGAUCGUAUUCGCAUCCACACUGGUGCUUUCAGCAGAUCGGCGCCCUUGGUAUAGAUCUAAAGAGUGGGCAGAAAGAAAAGCAGAGGAAAAACUCAAGAAAGAGAGACGUAUUAAGUGGCACAAGGAAGAAAUUACCCGUCAUGAAAGGGAAUUAAACCACAUCGAGUGGAAACACGAUGGAAUAGCAGAAGAAAUGAUAAAUAUCCCUCCCGGUGCCGCUAAGCAAACGGAGAUCAAAAAGAAGAUCUACGAACGUAGAAAGUCUGAAUCUAGCUUGAGAUUUCAAAAGCUAGCUUCAAAAUUACUGCAAAAGGAUAGUUAUGGCGUUUCUCAGGCUAUACAGCAAAAUAUUGUCAAUGCUCCCUCAAAGCAUCAAAGAAUACAAAAAGACAUAGCAAGACUCAAAUCUGAGAACAAACAUAUUCCUGCACUGGAGCGAUAUCAUGAUGAUUGCUAUAGCUCAAGACUGCGCGAGAUCGGGAGAGAUAGAUGUGGGACAUCGAAGGCGUUGAAUGAACAUAAAUACUGGUUGAAAGAGAUCGAAGAUUCUGACAAAAAGAAAGCACUUUGGAAAUGGAAGUCGUUUCCAUGCACGAAGAAAAGAGAAUGA